UUAGUAAAACUUAACCUAAAAAUGUUUACAUUGAUAAACAAAUAAUCUUAUUUAUAAAUAGUUGAACAAAGAAAUGUUAUAUAUCAACUAUAACAAUGGAUAUUAGCAAAAACCAUAUAAAAACCUGGGUAGGAAGCAGUUUGCAAGACAUCUGCAAAGGAAAGGGGCCUUGGUCAUUUUCUAUAAGUCCUUUAGUGCCCACAAAAUAUCAUCAAGUACUGUAUCAAAUUCCUGUGAAUUUAAAAACGCCCCCAAAACCUCACAUACCUGCUCAAACGUUUCAUUGGGAUGAAGACUAUGUUCGUAUGCCCUAUUCUGUGAACAAUGUAUUUCCAGUUGUGGAAAAUGGAAUUAGUGUACUAAAACCCAGAUGGAAACUAAUUAUACAUGCAUUUUCUAAUCCAAUAACAUCAACUAAAGAAUUUGAAGUGAUUGUAGGCAGUUAUAACAAAAAUCUCCCAAAAUUCUCAGCACUACAUACAUGCAUAAAUGAAGUUUUAGAUAAAGAAGAAAAACAGUACUUUUUUGAAACUCUUCUGCCUGCAAUUGUUAAAUUAGCUUUACAGUUGCCAGAGAUUUUGCCAGGAAAUUUGCCGUUACUUAGGAAAAAUCACUGCAAAUCAGUUAGUUUAAGUCAGCUGCAGAUUGCAUCUCUAUUAGCAAACGCCUUUAUUUGUACGUUUCCUUGGCGCAAAGACAUGGUGCAGUAUCCUGGAGUUAAUUUCUCACAAUUAUUUUCUGCUGAUAGUACUUUUUCUUCAGAAAAAAUUAAAUGCAUUUUGCACUAUUUUAAAAGAGUAACGAAAAAUAAUCCUAUUGGUGUUGUAACAUUUGAGAGAAAAUUUAUACCUAGAAAUAAUAUGCCAAGGUGGGAUUAUCUAGACAAUAAUCUUGGCAACACUAGAGUUCACAUAGACAGUGAAGGCACAAUAGAAGACAAUGGUUUAGGUUUAUUACAGGUUGAUUUUGCUAAUAAAAACAUUGGAGGUGGAGUCUUAGGCUACGGUUGUGUACAGGAAGAAAUUAGAUUCAUUAUAUGUCCAGAACUUAUAAUCAGUAGGUUAUUUGUUGAACAAAUGGGAGAUCAGGAAGCAGUUGUGAUAACAGGAGCAGAACGAUACAGCGACUACACAGGCUAUGCCGAGACAUUUACAUUCGCUGGCGAUCACUGCGAUGGUACUCCACACGAUGAUUAUGGUCGACGUCGCACCACCUUGGUGGCCAUUGACGCCACUCAUUUCGGGCGACCUCGCGACCAGUUUUAUCCAUCGGCGAUGCUGCGCGAAGUCAAUAAGGCUUUUGUCGGAUUUGGUGCGCGGGAAAAGGAGAAGGAAAACGCUGCACCGGUUGCAUCAGGUAACUGGGGAUGCGGAGCAUUUAGAGGCGAUGCCCGCCUUAAAGCGCUCCUUCAGUUGAUGGCAGUGUGUGCAGCAGGAAGAGAUUUAGUAUAUUACUCAUUUGGUGAUGAAGAAAUUAAGGAAGAUUUUUAUAAAAUGUAUUUAUUUUUGGCCAAUAAUAGGAUUACAAUAAAACAAUUAUGGAGAUUUCUAAGCAAGUUUUCUUCGUCCUCUCUUUCUUCAGAAAAACUCUAUUCGUUCAUUCAACAAUCUUACUUUGACAGUAAAAAUCAACCAUCAAUAAGAAAAUUUCUCGGUUGUAUCGCGAAACCACCCAAAGAUAUGCCUUCAACUUCAUCAUCAACAUCUAGUAUUGCUCCUGUUCAAGAGGCGAAACAAUUAGACGAACUUGAUUCUUGUGAUGCUGUCAUUGAUAUGGAAGGAGUAGAGACAGUGGACUGUGAUAUUCAAGAAGACAUAAUACCUGAGACGCCACCAGAAGAAUACGUACCGAAAUCGAGGAAGGUGUCAUUGAAAAGCACAAAAGAGGAAAUAGCAAAAAAGAUACCUAAGAAUCACGAUGAAAUAGUGAGUUUGUUAGGUUUGAUUGAUGGGAACGCAAAUAAACCGAAGAAUCGGGUCGUACAGGAUGUAACUUUUUUAUCAGAAUUGGAUAAAUUCAGAGUGAACUGUAAGACCAGGUCGGUAGAAAUGAUCAAUUGUCCCAACGUGACAAUGGAUGUGGAGGAAGACGUCACGGACGAUGUAAUUUUAGAAAAACCACAAAAAAGGAAAAUCACUGAUUAUUUUUCUAAGCAUAGCAAAUCGUAACAAACAAUUUUGUAUUUUAUAUAGAAUUUUCAGAUACAAUAAAUUAAAUUUAGUAUA